AUGAGGCCCACAGCUCUGGGCUCCCCGGGCCACACACCCCCAGAAGAUGAGGGGCCCAUCACGGUGAAGCUGGAGGAGUCUGAGGAGGAGGGUGAAGCCGCCCCAUGGGAUCCUGGCCCAGAGGCUGCACGACAACGUUUCCGGCACUUCCACUAUGAGGAGGCAGUGGGUCCCCGCGAGGCGCUGGCCCGGCUCCGUGAACUCUGCCGCCAAUGGCUGAGGCCUGAGGUGCACUCCAAGGAGCAGAUGCUGGAGCUGCUGGUGCUGGAGCAGUUCCUGGGCGCGCUGCCCCCCGAGAUCCAGGCCCGCGUGCGGGGACAGCAGCCAGGCAGCCCUGAGGAGGCCGCUGCCCUGGUCGAGGGCCUGCGCCGGGAGCCAGGAGGGCCCCGGAGAUGGGUCACAGUCCAGGUGCAAGGCCAGGAGGUGCUAUCAGAGAAGAUGGAGCCUUCCGACUUCCAGCCCCUCCCUCAAAUCACACCUCGGACUCCAGAACCUGGACUUGAGAUGCCCCGUGGGGCCACACAGGAGUCAUCACUGGGCCUAUGGGUGAAAGAGGAGCCUGGGGCUACAGAGGAUCCAGAGCUUCUGGACUCUGGGCCUCUAACCAACCCCCAGGAGGCCACUUCCACUGUCCUACCUGAGGAGGCCCAGGGCUGUGGCGUGGCGCUGGACCAGGCCUCUCCCCAUAGUGAGACUGGGCCUGAGGGGUCCUCAUGGACGGAGCACCCGGAGGCCCUGUGGCAGGAGGAAGCUGGGAGCAUCUUCUCCCCGGGGUUUACACUCCAGAUGGACAGCAUCUCUGCUGGCCCAGACACUGUGAGCCCCAACGUCCACCUCCCCUGGGACCUCGGCGUGGCCAGCCUCACGGGCCGACUCGAGUCACCCUCCCUCGAAGGUGGCUUCUCACAUGCGCUGGUGCUCUCCAGCGACCCGGGAGGUGAGCAGGACCCCACGUACGAUCCCCGCCAGGGCGUGGGCCCCGGGCUGGCCGCCGCUCGCUGGCGUGCCCCCAGGGGCCGGAGCCGGGGUCGAGGUCGCCCCAGCACAGGCGCCGGAGCCGUGCGAGGUGGCCGCUGCGACGUGUGCGGGAAGGUGUUCAGCCAACGCAGCAACCUGCUGAGGCACCAGAAGAUACACACGGGAGAGCGGCCGUUCGUGUGCAGCGAAUGCGGCCGCAGCUUCAGCCGCAGCUCGCACCUGCUGCGCCAUCAGCUCACGCACACCGAGGAGCGGCCGUUCGUGUGCGGCGACUGCGGCCAAGGCUUCGUACGCAGCGCGCGACUGGAGGAGCACCGGCGCGUGCACACGGGCGAGCAGCCCUUCCGCUGCGCCGAGUGCGGCCAGAGCUUCCGGCAGCGCUCCAACCUGCUGCAGCACCAGCGUAUCCACGGCGACCCCCCGGGCCCCGGCGCGGCACCCCCCGCGCCUCCUGGCGCGCCGGAGCCCCCAGGCCCCUUCCCGUGCAGCGAGUGCCGCGAGAGCUUCGCACGGCGCGCCGUGCUGCUGGAGCACCAGGCGGUGCACACAGGCGACAAGUCUUUCGGCUGCGUGGAGUGCGGCGAGCGCUUCGGCCGCCGUUCGGUGUUGCUGCAGCACCGGCGCGUGCACAGCGGCGAGCGGCCGUUCGCCUGCGCUGAGUGCGGCCAGAGCUUCCGGCAGCGCUCCAACCUCACGCAGCACCGGCGCAUCCACACGGGCGAGCGGCCCUUCGCCUGCGCGGAGUGCGGCAAGGCCUUCCGCCAGCGGCCCACGCUCACGCAGCACCUGCGCGUGCACACGGGGGAAAAGCCCUUCGCCUGCCCUGAGUGCGGCCAGCGCUUCAGCCAGCGUCUGAAGCUCACUCGCCAUCAGCGGACGCACACCGGCGAGAAGCCCUACCACUGCAGCGAGUGUGGCCUGGGCUUCACGCAAGUCUCGCGGCUCACCGAGCACCAGCGCAUCCACACAGGCGAGCGGCCCUUCGCCUGCCCGGAGUGCGGCCAGAGCUUCCGGCAGCACGCCAACCUCACGCAGCACCGGCGCAUCCACACGGGCGAGCGGCCGUACGCAUGCCCCGAGUGCGGCAAAGCCUUCCGCCAGCGGCCCACGCUCACGCAGCAUCUGCGCACCCACCGGCGCGAGAAGCCCUUUGCCUGCCAGGACUGUGGCCGCUGCUUCCACCAGAGCACCAAGCUCAUCCAGCAUCAGCGCGUCCACAGUGCAGAGUAG